UUGGCAACCUGUUUAUUGCAGAGUCAACUUGGGGGAAAGUUGCUAAUACUCCAGAACACAUUGCCUUCCCUAGGAUAUGGGCGCUUGAAGUUGCGUGGAGAUGAUAUCCGUGUGUAUGGAACUGAUAAGGAACAUACAUUGAGAUUGCCGGAAGAUCCUUUCUACAAGCAAAUGGCUGCUGAUCUUACAAAGUACCAGAUAGGGGUUAAUAUUUAUGCCUUUAGUGACAAAUACACUGACAUAGCUUCCUUAGGAACCCUGGCAAAAUAUACUGGGGGUCAAGUGUAUUAUUAUCCAAGCUUCCAAUCAAACUUUCAUGGAGAGAAGCUGAGGCGUGAGUUGGCCAGAGAUCUUACUAGGGAAACAGCCUGGGAAGCAGUUAUGCGCAUAAGAUGUGGAAAAGGGAUUAGGUUUACAUCUUACCACGGCAACUUUAUGCUGAGGUCCACAGAUUUACUAGCACUUCCAGCUGUAGACUGUGAUAAAGCAUAUGCAAUGCAGUUAUCCCUUGAGGAGACACUUCUUUCUACUCCAACAGUAUAUUUCCAAGUUGCUUUACUAUAUACUGCAUCUUGUGGAGAGAGGCGUAUCAGAGUACAUACCGCAGCUGCCCCUGUUGUUACAGAUUUGGGGGAGAUGUACCGCCAGGCUGACACUGGUGCCAUUGUUUCUUUGUUUUGUAGAUUAGCAAUCGAGAAAACAUUGACAAGUAAACUUGAAGAUGCUAGAAAUUCUUUGCAACAAAGGAUUGUAAAAGCGCUCAGAGAAUACCGCAAUCUUUAUGUUGUGCAGCAUCGGUUGGGAACUAGGAUGAUCUAUCCAGAGUCUCUAAAGUUCUUGUGUUUGUACGGAUUAGCACUGUCUAAAUCAGUACCUCUAAAAGGAGGAUAUGCAGACGCUCAGCUUGAUGAACGCUGCGCAGCAGGUUUCACCAUGAUGGCAUUACCCGUUAAAAAGUUGUUGAAGCUUUUAUAUCCUAGCUUGAUUCGAAUUGAUGAAUAUCUUUUGAAGCCAUCUGCUCAAGCUGAUGAUUUCAAAAACAUCAUGAAGAGAUUGCCUUUGCUCGCAGAAAGCCUAGAUUCGAGGGGCCUUUAUUUGUAUGAUGAUGGCUUACGCUUUGUUAUUUGGUUUGGUAGAAUGCUUUCACCCGAUAUAGCAAGGAAUUUACUUGGACCAGAGUUUGCAGCAGAAUUAUCGAGGGUUGCGCUUACCGAGAAUGAUAAUGAAAUGUCAAGAAGGCUGAUGAAGAUGUUAAAGAGACUAAGAGAGAGUGACCCUUCGUAUUAUCAACUUCCUUAUCUUGUAAGACAAGGUGAACAGCCGAGGGAAGGUUUCCUGCUGCUUGUAAAUCUUCUUGAGGACCAGAUGGGCGGUACUGUUGGUUACGUCGAUUGGAUAAUGCAAAUACACCGACAAGUCCAACAAAAUGCAUGAUAUACGGGUAAUUGUUCAAGAGGAGUUCAUCAUCUUACGUCGUAAAAUUCAUCUGUAUUGUCCGGUUUCCUCUGGAGCUUGUGUGUUGAACCGAUGGAACCAAUCGGUCUGAAGAUUUGCAGGAAAGAAUUUUUUGUUCAUUACGAAAUUCAAUAACUAGGAAAAGAGAGAAAACACCUGUGCUUCUAGCUAUUCGUUAUUGCAGUGCUUGAGAAUUUAAGUUGUGUAUGUGACAUUUAAAUUAUUGCCUUGCAAUUUUUUUGGGUUUAGAAAAAAAGAAGGUAUGAACACAUUUGCCAAAACGCUGUCAUGUUUUAGCAUGCUUUAGAAAUUGGAGUGUUAUUUUCUCA